AUGAGCCUCUCUGUGGAAAUCGUGACCCCUAAUGGGCACAAGUACACUCAACCCACCGGGUUGUUCAUCAAUAACGAAUUCGUUCCUGCUUCCUCCGGCCAAACAAUCACAUCCAUCGACCCCGCAACCGACAAGCCAAUUGCCACCGUUCAUGCUGCUGACUCGAGCGAUGUCGACCGCGCCGUUAAUGCUGCCAAGGCCGCUCUUGCGCAUGACUCGUGGAAACUUCUGCCUGCAACCGAGCGGGGGACGUUGAUGCUGAAGCUCGCUGAGCUCAUGGAGUCAAACAAGGAACUUCUAGCCACUAUUGAUGCAUGGGACAACGGCAAAGCUUACCAUGUAGCUCUCGAGGAGGACCUCCCGGAGUCUAUCGGCACCAUUCGAUACUACAGUGGCUGGGCCGACAAGACCUUCGGUCAGACGAUCAGCACCACGCCUCAAAAAUUCGCCUACACCUUGCGCCAGCCUAUAGGUGUGGUGGCGCAGAUCAUUCCGUGGAACUACCCUCUGUCGAUGGCCUGUUGGAAGUUGGGGCCUGCCCUCGCAUGUGGAAACACCGUGGUUCUCAAGCCCGCAGAGCAGACCCCACUCAGCGCUCUGGUUCUCGGAACCCUCAUCAAGCAAGCUGGCUUCCCGCCAGGUGUGAUCAACAUCGUCAAUGGGUACGGUCGUGAUGCCGGUGCUGCACUAUCAUCUCACCCCCUCGUCGAUAAGGUGGCGUUCACAGGAUCCACCGGUACCGCGCGCGAGAUUAUGAAGAUGGCUGCCGGUAGCUUGAAAAACAUCACAUUGGAAACGGGCGGCAAGUCCCCACUCCUGGUCUUCCCCGACGCAGAUAUGGAUCAGGCUGUGAAGUGGUCGCACUUCGGAAUCAUGUCGAACCAGGGUCAGAUCUGUACAGCGACAUCACGGAUAUUCGUCCACCGCGAGAUCCUACCUACUUUCUUGGCACAGUUCAAGGCCGCCGUCGAGAGCGUCAAGAUCGGUGACCAGUGGGAUUCAGAGACCUUCCAGGGCCCCCAGGUUACUCGUGCCCAGUACGAGCGUAUUUUGUCGUAUAUGGAGAUUGCCAAGAGCGAAGGCGCUACUAUCCUGACCGGUGGUGCUGCCCAUGUCCCUGCCAACCCCGAGCACAAGAAUGGGUACUUUGUGCAGCCCACGGUCAUCACGGACGCGACCGACUCGAUGCGCAUCACCCAAGAGGAGGUCUUUGGCCCCGUCGUGGUCAUCUUGCCAUUUGAUACCGAGGAGGAAGCCAUUCGCCGGGCCAACAACACCACCUACGGUCUCGGAGCCGCUGUAUUCACGACGGACUUGGAGCGUGCGCACCGCGUGGCUGCCGAGAUCGAAUCUGGAAUGGUCUGGAUCAACAGCAGCCAGGACUGUGAUCCCCGUGUGCCAUUCGGUGGUGUCAAGCAGAGUGGUAUCGGUCGCGAGUUGGGUGAGGCUGGUUUGGAGGCGUAUAGCCAGAUCAAGGCUGUGCAUGUCAACAUGGGCAAUAAACUGUAG